AUGAAGAUCGAGGAGGUCGCGUCCACGACGAAGAGUGCCCGGGUGGCCUCGCACUCGCUGCCUGGCAAAACAAGUAGAGCGCCGUCGAGGCUUUUGGCCGGUUCGCAUCUAUCAAGAGGGGGCAACAUGAUUGCCGGGGCUCGGUUUCGCUUCAUCAUCUUGCUUGUGUAUUUGCUUCUUGGGAUCUGGCAUCGUGAGUUCCAUGGGCUCCGGGCCGGAGGGGCUUCACGCCGAGGGACCUGGGGUGCCUUUUCCGACACCUUGACCAAUCCGGUCCGCACUUUGUGCGCGUAUUUGUGCUCGUCCGGGCCCCUCGAGUGAGCGACGUGUUCUAGCGCGGCGCCGGCGACUGUUGUGGCACAGUCUGGGGGACGGGUCCGUCGUCGUGGUUGUUGGGUGUUUGAGAGGUACACAUGUAAAGCACGCGGACGCCCUCCCAGAUCGGGGCUGUGCACUGGGAAACAUUGUGGCCAUUUGAGUCAAGAGCCGCUACGCAGCUAUCGGCACAUUCAUUACGGCGGCCUGCGUUUUUGCGCCCCGUCAGCUCCCUUAUUAUCGUGCUAAGGGGGCCACUUUGGCGCUUUUAGAGGUGACCUAGGCGACCCCUCUCGCCCCAAAAUCCCAAAAAGUGCGAAAUUCUGAAUUCAUUCUGAAUUCAUUAAGAAAAGCACUUAGUUCCAGGGCGGUUCUGCAUUAAGUUUACCGUAAACGAAUAGUCCUCAAUCUCAGACUCAGAAAGCAUAGAAAACAAUACUUUCCACGAAAUUUGUAUUCCGGCGACUAUAAAUAUCGAUACCCAAAACCUCUCAACUAAGCGACCAUGAAGAUCGAGGAGGUCGCGUCCACGACGAAGAGUGCCCGGGUGGCCUCGCACUGUGUGGCCAUGCGGUGAUUGAACGCGUGGCCAUGCGGUGAUUGGGAAACGAAAAUCUCCAGGUCAAGCAGCAGCCGGUCCAGAUGGGAAAACUUUUGCGGCCGGCGACGACGUGCAGUAUGUACUUUUGCUUUGCUGGUGGCUGUCGCAAAAGUAGAAAAAUCGGGGACAUAGAUGAGAGGACGUCAACAAGAAACAGUUGAUGUGUCGGAAAAAGUAGAUCAGGAAUCAGGCCCGCUGAGGUAGAGAGCAAUGUAACAAAUUCACGCAUCACAUCAACCUCACCUGCUCACGAAAAUUGGAUCAGCACUUCGAAGCGAAUCGCCCUAAAUCUGGAAGAGCUGCGGCCUCAUCGCGAUCCAAAAGUCAGAAACGUCCAGGACGAAGGCAAGUUCACGAAAAUAACCUUCUGUCCACAGCACACGGUCAGGAGUAUCUACUCGUUCACAAAAACCAUCCACGUAAUGCUGGAUCAGGAUGGAGACCAAUGCCAAGCUGUUUGACCCUCUUACAAGUAAACGACCCAAGCCAAGGAUUGACAUUGAAUGACCACGAAAUUGAUCUCUUGCAACCACUGAAAAUUGCACACGAAAGUGCUCGAAAAUUGAAAGCGAUUGAUUUUUCCGACCUCGCGCGGUUUUUCAUAAUCGAACCCGCCGGCGGGCAGGGCCUCUACCCGAAGACAUAACUCAACAUUGAUUCUCUUGACAAGAAAGUGUUUCCUUUUUCAACAAAAACCCAAUCAGGUGGCGAGCGGACAAUGAGAGAAGAUGACGAUGUUCCGGUUGUGAAGAAUAGACAAGCUGUACCUAGACCUAGAUUCCGCUUGUAGAGAUAGGAUCUAUUCUAAGAAAUAGCGGAACUUAUUGUUACUUCCGCGGUGCUGCUUAGGACAAGAGCCACACUACGAAGCACUUCCGCGGCACGACUCAAUAAAUUGAUAUUUUUUCAUUCGGUCCGAAAGAUAACGAAUUCUCCUCAGAAAGCAUAGAGCAACGACACUUUUUACGACUCUAUCCUGGCGACUAUCAACUUUUAAACUAAACUUGACUAUAAAAAAAGCGACGAUGAUAUGGAGAGAAAAAAGUUUGUCACAGUCACUAACUUGCAGGUUUUGCAUUACAAAUCUUCUCAGCAUCACAAACUUUUCUUGUAUUGCAGAAACACUAGGGAAAUCCCUAACGAAGUUUGGCUGUGAUGCAUUUUUACGCAUGACAAACAAUUUUGUAUUGCAAGAAUGCGCAUGAGUGAUCGUGACGAACUUUUUUUCUUUGAUACAUGAAGAUCGAGGAGGUCGCGUCCACGACGAAGAGUGCCCGGGUGGCCUCGCACUCGCUGCCUGGCAAAACAAGUAGAGCGCCGUCGAGGCUUUUGGCCGGUUCGCAUCUAUCAAGAGGGGGCAACAUGAUUGCCGGGGCUCGGUUUCGCUUCAUCAUCUUGCUUGUGUAUUUGCUUCUUGGGAUCUGGCAUCGUGAGUUCCAUGGGCUCCGGGCCGGAGGGGCUUCACGCCGAGGGACCUGGGGUGCCUUUUCCGACACCUUGACCAAUCCGGUCCGCACUUUGUGCGCGUAUUUGUGCUCGUCCGGGCCCCUCGAGUGAGCGACGUGUUCUAGCGCGGCGCCGGCGACUGUUGUGGCACAGUCUGGGGGACGGGUCCGUCGUCGUGGUUGUUGGGUGUUUGAGAGGUACACAUGUAAAGCACGCGGACGCCCUCCCAGAUCGGGGCUGUGCACUGGGAAACAUUGUGGCCAUUUGAGUCAAGAGCCGCUACGCAGCUAUCGGCACAUUCAUUACGGCGGCCUGCGUUUUUGCGCCCCGUCAGCUCCCUUAUUAUCGUGCUAAGGGGGCCACUUUGGCGCUUUUAGAGGUGACCUAGGCGACCCCUCUCGCCCCAAAAUCCCAAAAAGUGCGAAAUUCUGAAUUCAUUCUGAAUUCAUUAAGAAAAGCACUUAGUUCCAGGGCGGUUCUGCAUUAAGUUUACCGUAAACGAAUAGUCCUCAAUCUCAGACUCAGAAAGCAUAGAAAACAAUACUUUCCACGAAAUUUGUAUUCCGGCGACUAUAAAUAUCGA